GGCCGCGUCGAAACUGGGACUCCCCGCCCACUCCGGCGGUAGCGUCAGGUGCAGGUCUGGACAAAGGGGAGCCCAGAGUCUGCCUAACCGCAAUGGUGGACGCCGCUGCCUGAAGGCCGCCUUUGUCCCUGGCGCCGAUGGCUGAAGCCUGGCGUUUAGAAGAAGACGAGGAGGAGCGGAAAGAGGUCGCCAGAAGGCACCGGAGAGCGCUUUUGAAUCCGGCGACAGAUCGUUCAGAAAGAAAUAAACCAGACCACCGUUCAUCAGGCCAAGGUCCCUUGUCAUCUAUUAAAGCAGCAAUCAAGAGAACUUCUCGGACAACGUAUCACAGUGAACAGCAAAGAGAAAGAAGACGCCCUGAAAUCACAAUAGUUGCAGCUGAGCCACUUGGACCAUCCUCCUGGUUUCCAGGUGGAAACCGUGUCCCUCAGCAAGGGCUACUGUUCCAGUCAACUCAUAGCCAGACACCUUGGAGAGCCAGUGAACUUGUUCCAGCAGAGCCACCUUCAUAUGAGCAGGUAAUCAAAGAGAUCAACCAAGUGCCAAUCAUCCCAGCCAGCAAUAAUAAUGCUACCUGUGCUGCUAAUUCUAGAUGUACUACUACAUCUUCAACACAGACUGACUUUCCAGAAGAGAUAAUCAGCAAUUUGCCAGGAAUAAAUGUGAAAAAUAAUCUGUCCAUUCUUUCUGAAUGCAAAAAUAUUCCAGCUCUACAUAUUUCUCAGAAGCCAUCCAGACCUUCAUCAUCUCUGAUAAACAACAAUCUUCCCAUAAAUGAACAACUCUUAGUUAUUUUAGAAGACCAGACAUCUCAAGAAAAGUCUAAUGCUGGAGUACAUCCUGUGCCAAAACCAAGAUCAAAAGGCAAUCUGAAACCAGUGGCUAAAGACAAUCAAACAAACAAUCAGGAACAAACCAGCCCAUCAAGGACCGAAAAUGAUGAGUUAUCUAAUCCUUUGAUGUUCCUACUAGACAGUAGCCAUAGGGAAAGUCAUAUAGUAAUGGACAGCAUGGAUACAGAGAACAACCAAAGUAAUGUAUUAUCACGGAUUAAAUCAUUUGAAACGCAAGGGAACAUUGAAACUUCAGGAAUAACCAAGAAACCAGAAGUAUCUCCACGCUCAUUAGGCCCCAAACCUAUCAUUAGUGCAAAAAAGCCUGUAGUGGCACCAAAGCCAGGAGUUAACAGAGCAUCAGGAGAAUGGGAGUCUUGGACAGAAAGCAGGCAAAAAGCCACCUCCCAAGAGAAGCCCCUUCAGUCUGAGGAAGUUGGGAGCAACAUUAAAACCAAGCCUGAAUUGCCAAAGAAGCCAACAUUAAUGACUGUAAAGAGUAAUAGCAAUGGGCUCCUUAAUUCAGGAAGCGGAUCAACUUUGGACAAUACUGAUGGACAGAGAAAAGUUCCCAUUCCUGCUCCUAGGCCAUUUGUUCUCAAGAAAUCAGUCUCUUUUGAAAGUCCUUCUCUUCCUAUGCUUCCCCUGAAACCAACAUGUACUGUUCCCAAGCACCCUAUAGCUGCCCAAUCAAAUGCCUUUAGAUCCCCAGGGGAGUGUUUGCCAAGCAGUAUUGUACCAUCUCCAACACAAAAUAUUACUUCUGCAGAAGGAGAUUUGAUCAGCUUUGAUGAUGAUGUUUUAUCCUUUAACCCUGUCAAGGCUGUUCAAGACGUUUCUCAUUCAGAAUCAGAUCUUACUAAUUUGCCAUCCAAAGCUGAAUCUGCGAAAGAGCAACCAGUUCAGCCAGCUGUUGUUCGUAAACCUACUGUAAUCCGAAUUCCAUCUAAACCAGCGAAAGCUUUAAAUGACAUUCUGGAAAGCCCUCCUCCUCCACUACCUACAGAGAAACCAAUUGGAAACACAUCUAGUAUUGCAACUGGAAAACUUAAUAACAUCGACAUACUUAACAAGGAACCUGAACAGCCCGGCUUGAUACAGCCAUUCAGGAAUGACCCUGUUCUGCCUCCAAGACCUGUUCAGGAGAAAAUCAUACCAUCUCGACCUUUUGCACCUAAAGGUGCCCCAGGAAGACCACCACCACCAAAAUCCACCAAAAUCUCAUCAGAUACUGAUAGAUUUCCACGCUCAUCAUCUGAUGUAACACUCCAUAAGAAAUCUAGCAUGCUUGGAUUGGGAAUAAAAAAAACAAAGAGUGAUGAUUUUAAAAAACAUGGCUCAGUUUUACCCCCUCGACCCAAGCCAGGUCAUCCUCUGUACAAUAAAUACAUGCUUCCUGUGCAUCAUGGAAUUGCUAAAGAAGACAUUUCAUCUCAAAAUGCUGGACAUCUCUGUUGUAAGGAUUCAGCUAAUAUGCAGAAGAUGAGUGAUUCAAAUGUUCCUCAUGCAAUAGUGCUGCAUAAUUUCACAGCAGAGCAUAAUGAUGAUUUGGACCUUAGUACUGGAGACACAGUUUUUCUUCUGGAAAAAAUAGAUGAUGAGUGGUAUAGAGGAAAAUGCAAAAAUCGUACUGGAAUUUUUCCGGCUAGCUUUGUCAAAAUUGUUAUUGAUACUCCAGGAGAAAACAGCUGGAAAAAGGAGCAGCUUUCACCAUCCAAUAUUGUUGGCUCAAGAUGUAGAGCUAGAUUUGAAUACAUUGGAGACCAGAAAGAUGAAUUAAGUUUUUCAGAAGGUGAAACUAUUAUUUUAAAAGGGUAUAUUAAUGAAGAGUGGGCCAAAGGAGAGCUGAGAGGUACUUCUGGAAUUUUUCCCUUAAAUUUUGUGGAAGUUAUUGAAGAUCUGCCUGAAUCAGAUGAUGGCAGCUUCCCACUGAGGAGUAAACAUUCAGGAUCAAUGACACAGCUGGAAGGACAAGCUGGACAGUGGUGUAAUGCUCUUCAUGAUUUUACAGCAGAAACACAGGAAGAUUUAUCAUUUAAAAAAGGAGAUUGUAUCUUAAUAUUAGAACAACUGGAUUCAGAAUGGUAUAAAGGAAGGCUAAAUGGAAAGGAAGGCAUUUUCCCAGCUGUGUUUGUUCAUGUUUGUUCAGGUGGAAUGCAGUCAUCACAGCCUCAGGAAGGGAAGAAAGCAAAAGCUAAGGCCCUGUAUGAUUUUCAUGCAGAGAACAUAGAUGAACUUUCUUUCAAGGCUGGUGAUAUCAUAACAGGUCUUGAAUCUGUAGAUGAAGAAUGGAUGAGUGGAGAAUUACAAGGCAAAUUUGGAAUAUUUCCAAAGAAUUUUGUCCAAAUUCUACAUCUUUCCUAAGGUGAAAUCCAAUUCUGGAGCAUUGUUUUACAAGUGAAUAUGCUGGAAGAGAAGCACGUUAUAUUCUUGAUGGCAGAAAAAGAGUGCUACCUGUGAUCAUUUUAUCUAUACUAUCAAAUGCAUUUUUGCACUAUUUUUGUAAAAUGUUUACUAGACUGUACAAUAUUUUGUUUUUAGUUUAUAUUGAGCAGACCUUGAGCAGAUUUUUUUAAAAACAAAAGGAAUACAAAGCCUUAUUAUUUAAACUUGGUGCAUUUCAAUCAUUUUAUAUUCUUUCUGUGGGGGCGCAAUGGCUUAUCAGUUAAAGAUGCUGAGCUUGUCAGCUGGAAACCUGACAGCCCGGGUUUGAGACCCAACGUGCCAUGAAAUGGGGUGAGCUCUUGUUACCCAGCUCCUGCCCACCUAGCAGUUAGAAAUCAUGCAAAGACAAGUAGAUAAAUAGGGACCACUUCAGUGGGAAGGUAACAGCAUUCUGUGUGCCUCAGCAAUCAGUCAUGCUGGCCACAUGACCAUGGAAAUGUCUUCGGACAACACUGGCUCCCUUGGCUAAGAAAUGGAGAUGAGUUCCGCCCCCUACAGUCAGACACAAUUGGACAGGGGAAACCUUUACCUUUACUUUUUAUUCUUUAUGUGAAGUCCAAUUAACUAUUACACUGCUCAAGCAAGUUUUUUUUUUUACAAUACAUAUCCCACACUAUAGUUUGUGAGUCAAGUUUUCAGAAACUGAAAUGUUUUACCAUAUGAAAACAUUAAAUCCUGAUACAUAAACAAGAUUAUCACAGUAAAACGUUUGGGGUUUUUUCUUUACUUAAACCAAGUAAGUCAAGUUGUUUAAGAAUGCAUCAAUUACUUUUAGUGUGGAUUCAAGUAUCCUGAAACAACUGGAUGCUGUGGAUUUACGUGCCUUAGACUAGGGAAGACCAUUAGUCUGUUUGAUCCAGUUUUCUAUCCUAGCUACUAAUGGCUCUCCAGGAUCUUUCAAACAGUGCUGAAUCCCAAUAUUUGCUGCCUGUCCUUUUUCAAUGGGUAAGUGCAAGAUAUAUACAAGAGAGCUGGGCAAAGGAAUUGAAGAGGAUGAUUGUAAUGUUCAGCAGGUGUAAAAUGCCUGCUCUGAUUAAAAGUACCCACAGUUUUUGCAAGCCUCAUACUACACAUGCACAUGCUUUAACACUUUGCGCAAUCAUAAUGUAUAAUAACUGUAUAUAUUUUAUGAUAAGAAAGGCUGGUAACUUUUCUUAUUAUUCUCAGCAAAUAAAAUUAGACUUUUAGAAAUUUCUUACUUUCUACAGACAAUGGGUUGUGUUGUGUCAUAAAUCUUAAUUUAUAUCUAGAGUAAUUUUUCAAAGAUUCAUCUUUUUUCUUGGAUCCUUUUUUUAAUUUGAUAUCAUUUUGGAUCUUUUAAAUUCUGUGAUGCUCCCUAUUGCCUUAUUUUUAUCAAAUCUAUUGUCAGAAAUUAAGUAUGUUCAGAAAACUAUCAAUGAUGUGAUGGAAGAAUAUGUUUCAUGAGUCUUGCUGCCAUGACUAUCUUAUAAGAAUAGAUAUUAUUAUAAACUUGUACUACAGCCUGUAUUGUCUUGUUAUCUCCAUCUCCAACUUUGUAAAUGUAAUUUAAUAUAAAAAGUGCAUCUUGACAUUAAACUUCUAAGUCCCAUUUUUGCCCCAUAUUUCUUAAGAUCGCAUUCUUUAAAAAUGCUGAUAUCGUGUCAGUUUUGCCAUAAAUUAAUAUUAAAUGUUUAUAAAUCUGAUAGUGGCAAAAGAUAAACCUAAAACAUAGUUCCUCCUAUCUCUCAUGAGUAAAAAGUGCUCCAAAUCCAUUCUUUCUUUUUCUAAUACCGCUAUUACAUUUUGACUUUUCACUUUGUGGCCUUGAUGAAAGAGUACUUAAGCACAUAAUCACAGCUUUGCCUAUACUUGGUUGAAACUUUACUUUUGUGUGUAAGAGAUGAUUAACAAGAAUAAAUAAUGAAAGUUCAAUAGUAAAACUAUCAUGUGAACAAACCUAAUCCCAAAGGAUGAAAAAGGAGAAUUCCUGUUUCUCUCUCCAAACUCUAUCCUUUUGAUAGUAAUAGGGUGGGGGGAAGCAUGCUGGAACAGCUUCCCUUUGCAGACCACUUACACUCUUCUUUUCCAGAACUAAUAGUUAGCUGCUAAGCCAUAAAAUACAUAGCUGCCUGUAUUCAGAAGCCAGCUUCUCAUUGUGAUAAGCAGGCUUACUGCAAUUCUUUCUGGUUUGCGAGGAGUGCUUUGAUCACAAUCCAUCCAUACUUUUAAUUAGGGCAGACUUUAAACCAAAGUACACUUUGGUUUGAAGUUUAGCAUAUUGUGCAAAUCAAAUUUUCUGUAUUUUAGAGGUCAAAAGCAAUGAAAAAACUUGCAUUUUGCUUUUGAUUCAAUGAAUGUGUUGCUCAUUCUUAAAACGGUAGUUUACUAUUUUAAUUUUUUGAAGUUUCCUUUAUAAUGCUUUUUGUACACAAUGGCGUACUUUGGCACUUAUAAAGGCUAUUGAUGUCAUUGGACAGUCACUAAUAUUAAUCAACAUUUCUAUUUAAAAACUGGAGGAAAAUACAUACCUGUUCAGGUAAUUGACUUUGAAUGUUAUCUUGUUCCCUAGUUGUGGUCAUUCUUUAAGAAUAAAAUAGUUACAUGAUAUAAAAAUAGUUAAAUAAUCAAAAUUCAGCUUUCCAUUAGGGAGAUGUAUGAGCUGAAGUACAUGAAAAUAGUAUUAUUAUCAAGUACAGUAAUGUGCAAUUGGUUAGUGAAGGCAGAACCAACCCACUAUUCACAACGGCAACCUUUAUUGCCAUCUCAUAUUUUGCUGUUUUUUUUAAGGAAUGAUGGAUAAUUUUUUGUUGUAUGUCAGAUGCAGUAUUUAGGCUUUUGAGGGUCAUUGUAAGUGCUGUCUGAAAACCAAUGUCUACCAGAUUGAAUGCAAUGCUUGUUAAAAAUCACUUUCAUAAUUUUUUUACUCCUAUAUUUUGUAUUUUGCCAUAUUCAUCUCAACAUGUAAUUUUCAAGUGAUUGAGAAAUAAUUGUUUUAUGUUACUAAUGAAAAUGCACUAAUAUCUUUUUUCUACAUUAGUAAAUAUGCCUUUUAUAUUUAUCGUUGUUUAAAGUAAGCAAGCGUUCACCUGAGCAAGCUUUGUUAUCUUACCAAUCUAUGUAUACAGAUUGCCAAAUACAGCUAUUUCACUUGAAGAGUGUCAUCUAAAGGGUUCUUAAUAGUGUUAAUAAUGUAGAUAAAUACUAAUGACAUUCCCAUUUAAGAAACUGGCAUCAGUUUCUAGAAUGUGGCCAUAAAGUAUUAUAGAUCACAUGCUAUAAGAUUCUCAAAUGAAUAGAAGUACAGCAGUUAGCUGAAGAUACAAACACUAUAUUAUGUAUAUAAAAUGUGAACCAGGUUAUUAUAGUAGCUAUUUAAUCUCCAGAUCAGUUUAAUAAAUUUUCUUCAAGAUUACACAGAUCUGUACAAAAAUACUUUUGCUUCGGGAAAUAUUAAUUAAAAUGUUCCUCAGCUUUAUGGCAUUUGUAUAUAACCAAUAAAUGUGUUUGUUGCAAACAA